CUAAUCCUAGAUGGACCGACAAGGGGUUCAAAUGGUGCCAUUAAUGGAGGCGACAGCACUCGGAUUCCCCACUGAUUCGUUCAGCUUCAUGUCUCUUUCUCUCUCUCCAUGUCCGAUAUAAUCAUACUGUAGACUCGGAGUUGCAUAACAAUUGAGCAAACCUAUGCACACAGGCACCUACAUAUAAUGCCCUCUUCCUCAGACCCUCCAUGCCCACUUCACUUCUCAUCUCCCUCCCUCUCUCUCUCUCUCUCUCUCUCUCUAGCUAAACACAUUAUCACAUUCUAAGUUGCACCAACGGUGCUUUCCUCUUUCUCCCACCCCACAAUCUCUCUAUCUCUCUCUCACCAGGGCUAUGGACUUUCAACCAAACACGUCACUACAUCUUAGCCUACCCAACUACAAGAACCAGCUAAACCUAGAACUCGUUCUCGAACCUUCUUCUUCUUCUCCGACAUCUGCUUCGGAGCAGAGAGUGUUCUCGUGCAACUACUGCCACAGAAAGUUCUACAGCUCUCAGGCACUAGGUGGCCACCAAAACGCUCACAAGCUCGAGAGAACGCUCGCCAAAAAGAGCCGAGAGCUCAUGAGAUCCUCCUCCGGUGGUUCUUCCGCCGACUCCUUCUCCUUCUCCGGCCGCUUCCAGCUGUACGGCCCCGGCCAUGCUUCCAGGGACGUUGCUCGUCGAGUGCCUGAUGUCCAUCAGGACCAGGACUUGGGCCAUCUUGACUUGUCCCUCAGGCUUUGAUUUUACUCUCUCGUCUCCGAGCCCUUGGUAAUGUUCAAUUAUUGCCUUGUUUUGCUCUUACUGCUCACCGGAGAGUCGUUGAUUAGGGCAGGAAAGACGGUCGAAUUUUAUCGAAUGAAGUAUAUCUUACUAUCUCUGUCAAUUAUUCUGUAUCUUGGGUUCUGUAAAACCCUUAGGAUCGGCCGUACGUAAGAUAUUUCUAUCAAAUGGGAACGAAUUUUCCUAGGAAACAUAUCAGAUUACCAUCUAAGAAAGUUUGUUGAGUUUCA